GCGGGAGGUUGGGCCGGCCGUGGAGGCUGCGGCUGCCAGCUUCGCGUCCCCGCGGGCCUGGGCAUCAUCCCUGCCAGCCCACCGAGAUUAGGAAGUGGCUGCCUGAACUAUUUUCCAAAGGAUAAACAUUACAGAUUGAACACGGCAGCUCACUAAGAAGAUCGUACUAACUUGGGGGGAACAGAAAUUCUGGCAACUACAAGGAAUGCUGCUACUCAGAUGCCAACUGAAACAAGCUCCUCAGAAGGUUCCGGGUACACUCGGUGUUGUGAUGGGGAAACUGCAGAGCAAACUCAAACACAGCACUUACAAGUACAGCAGGUCUGAUGGGAUUAUAGAAGAGAGAAUACAAAGUAGAACUUUUCAAGAGUAUAGCCCUGCUCAUAUGGAUGCUGUCUCUGUGGUUGCUGCUCUGAACUCAGACCUUUGUGUCUCUGGGGGAAAAGAUAAGACUGUUGUGGCCUAUAAUUGGAAAACGGGAAAUGUGGUGAAGAGGUUCAGAGGACAUGAACGUGAUGUCACCAAGGUAGCCAUCAUUCCCAAAUCCACCCAGUUCUUCAGCGCCUCUCGAGACAGGAUGGUCAUGAUGUGGGACCUGCAUGGCACCUCACAGCCAACGCAGCAACUAAGUGGCCAUGCCAUGGUGGUCACCGGAUUGGCUGUGAGCCCAGACUCAUCACAGCUGUGUACUGGCUCACGAGACAACACCUUGCUGCUGUGGGACGUGGGGACCGGACAGUGUGUGGAGAGGGCAUCUGUCUCCAGGAACCUGGUCACCCAUUUGUGCUGGGUCCCCAGCGAGCCCUACAUACUUCAGAGCUCCGAAGACAAAACCCUCAGAUUGUGGGACAGUCGGGGCCUGCAGGUAGCUCAUAUGUUUCCCACAAAGCAGCACAUUCAGACCCACUGUGAAGUCAGCAUGGAUGGAUACAAAUGCAUCUCCUGCAGCAAUGGCUUUGGUGGUGAAGGCUGCGAAGCCACACUGUGGGACUUGAGGCAGACAAGAGACAGAAUAUGCGAGUAUAAAGGGCAUUUCCAGACAGUUGCAUCCUGUGUCUUUCUACCAAGAAAAUCGACCCUGAUGCCCGUAGUUGCUACCUCAUCCCAUGACUCCAAGGUGAAGAUUUGGAACCAAGAUACCGGAGCAUGCCUUUUCACCUUGUCUCUGGAUGGAUCGGGACCUCUGACCUCCAUGGCUGUUGGUGAUACCAGCUUCUUGUUGUGUGCAAGCUUCCACCGAGGAAUUCACUUACUCAAAAUGAGCCAUGGCCAGGCACUGGAACUGCAGGAUGUGGCAGCAUUCUAAAGCCAAGAGACACUCACUGGACAAUAGCAAACUGUGGCCCUCUUUCCUCUGUGUGGCUUUUGUUUCCCACAUGAUCUCAGGGGAGUGGAAUGAAGGGCUUGGGCUCUUUCUUAGGUCACUGAGAAGGUAGAUCAGUGGGCUGGGAAUGUGGCUUAGUGGUAGAGUGCUUGCCUAGCAUGCAUGAAGCCCUGGGUUCAA